AUGUCUAUUUUUUAUUUUAAGAACCUGAUUCCUACUCUUAGAUUCACAAACGGGUCCAUUAAUUCACUCAAGUACAUUGAGUUCUCGAAGUACCUGUUAUUUAACAAUUUAACAAAGUAUUCCAUAAGUAAUUAUGGAAACAUUGCCUGUUCUCAGAAUUUAAACUUGUAUUCUGAUCACACAUUCCCAGAAUCGGCAUUAACUUCAAGUUUUCUGGACGAUAAUAACGCUACUGUUGAUAAUUCUGUUAAUAACAGUUUGGAAAAUUUAAAUACCACUUCCAGUCAGUUAAACUCCCACCCAACUCAGCUUUACAAGCUGGUGUUGGAUAACUAUAUUACUUUGGACCUGCAGAGCCUGUUACGAUACGUUGAAAAACUCCAGGACUCAAGUCUGUGCGAUCCCAAAAUAACGACUGCACUGUCCUCACGGUUACUGCUGGAUUUGGAAAGAGUUGUCAGCUCACGCAAAUUUGGGCAUUUCUUCAGACUCCUGGAACCGAGUUCAUCACUGACAGAUGAGUUCUUUAAGAAGGUGGUGAGCCACAUUUACGAAAACAAAAUAUACCCGGAUUUGAAAAACCCUCGAGUCUGGGUCAGUUAUUUUAGGUUCCUGGGAUCAAAUCGCAUAUACCACAAACCACUUUAUAAAGACCUAGUUGAGAGGUUUACAAAGUAUUUGGACAUAGAAAUAAGAAAUUUAGUGACCGCAGACAGGAACAAAGACGAGGGUUCUUUGAAGGAUACAGUAAUUGAUGGAUGCGAUCAUAAAGUGGAUAGGAUACACAUCGGAAAGGGUGAAAAGAAACUAAACAGAAGGUUCCAAGAGAGUGUUGCCACUGCUAUAUGGUGUUUAUCUAUAUGUAACAUAAGAAGCGAUGAGCUGAUUGGUAGAAUAACAAAGAUACUUCACUUCUGUAAGCUGGAAACGAGUGUCUUGAUCAGAAUACUGUGGAGCUUAUCAAUACUCAAAGUGAGACUGGCAGAAGUGUUCAGCAACGCAUUGGAAACAAUCGCAAAGUUGCUCGAAGACACCAUCGAUGAGUUGUCACUGAAAAGACUAGCACACAUUAACCAGCUAUACUCGAUUUUGAAGUCACUAAGACACAGCAUUCAUGCUGAUGUUAGGAAAGGCGAUGGUGCGGUGAACGAUGCGGUUACUGACGAGUGUGAUGAGAUAGACCGAUUGAUGGAAGUGUGCAAGGAGAACUUGUUGAGCCAUAACUACGCGCAGAGUGGAAAGAUAAUCUCAAAGUCGCAGAAACUGGUCUCUGACUUUUUGAUACGCGCAAACAUACCACAUCAACUUGAGAUCAUAACGCCGGACCUGCUGAGCAUUGACAUUCGAAUCAUACUGGAUGAUGAAAUGAUUGCACUGGAGGUCGACGGGCCAACGCACUUUUUGAGAAACAUCGAGGACCCAGAAGUGGUGAUGGAGACGGGCCCGUGUUCGUUUAAGAAGGAGCUUCUGACGAGGUCCGGAUACAAUGGCCACAUCAAGUGCAGAGAACUCUAUGAGGGUUGGGACAACGUGAAGGAGAUGGACGCCUACUACAGGUCAAUUUUACUUAAUUGCGACUCUGAAAAGCUGAGGUCACUUUUAUCUACCUGUUGA